AUGUUUUCCUCCGGAGCCCUAGCCGCGGGGACGCGCCUUCCAGGCCACGCCCUUUCCCUCCGCGCCUCGUCCAAUCCGAGAGCUCGGAUGGGGCGUGGCGUCGCGGCGGGAGCGCGCGCGUCCGCCCGGCCUUAUAAAAAACCUCCACCGAGCCGGGCGCGCGGGGGUAGGCGCGCUCCCGGGUCCGCCCUCGUGACGCGCCUGCCCGGGGCCGCGCGCCGAGGCGCCGUGCAGCUCGCUGAGUCGAGCAGCUUGCACAGCCGCUGUGAUGGCGUCCGAGGCGCUGUCCGAGGAGAAGCAGCCGCCGCGAUCUUCCUAGAAGAGCCAAAGGCGGGCCUGCAGCCGCUUGCACCGGUGGUGGCGGCGGCGGCGGCAACGGCCGAGCCUCAGGGACGCCCGCAGAGCUUCCACCUCGCGGCCGGAGAUGGGGCGGCGGAGAGGAGCCCCCCGGGUGCCCGCAGAUCGGACCUGAAAGCACCUGACGCGGACGCUGCUGCUCCUCCUCGGGAGGAGGCUUCUCCGAGAGGGCAGCGCAAGGUGACCGCCUCUCCCGAGGCCCCGGGGGUGGGUCCGGCUGCAGGACAUUGGGGUGCACGCCCCGACCCGCCAGGCACCUGCAGAGCCGCCGAUCCCGAGGCCCCGGGUUUUGAAGGGACGAUCAGCGCCCAUGGAGGCGGCACCGGCAACACCAGCAGCAGCAGCAGCAGCAGCAGCAGCAGCAGCAGCAAAUGCAACAGCAACAGCAGCGGCCACGGCGUCGCGAGUGAGCAGCCCAGCCCUCCGGAGGAGGAAUCGCCCAGUCUCGACUCCCUGGAGUCCUUCUCCAACCUGCCUUCGUUCCCCAGUAGUUGCGAGUUUGCCAGCGAAGAGGGCGGCUCGGAGAAGAGGGCCCCCCCCACUGAGGUGCCGCCUGAGGGUGCGGCCUCCCCGGUGCCCGGGUCGGUGGCGCCUGGAGAGGUGGUGGCAACGAUAGAUGCUGCUGCUGCUGCUGCGCUGGGCUCGGCGGCUUGCAAAGAACGCGGCCCCGGACAGUCUGUGUAUCACAUCAAAUGGAUCCAGUGGAAGGACGAGAAUACGCCCAUCAUCACCCAGAAUGAGAACGGACCCUGCCCUUUGCUGGCCAUCCUCAACGUGCUGCUGCUGGCCUGGAAGGUGAAACUUCCACCGAUGAUGGAAAUCAUAACUGCUGAACAGCUGAUGGAAUAUUUAGGAGACUACAUGCUUGAAGCAAAGCCAAAAGAAAUUUCAGAACUUCAACGUUUAAACUAUGAGCAGAAUAUGAGUGAUGCUAUGGCAAUUUUGCACAAACUUCAAACAGGCUUGGAUGUAAAUGUAAAAUUCACUGGAGUUCGAGUAUUUGAAUAUACACCAGAAUGCAUAGUAUUUGACCUUCUCGAUAUUCCUUUGUACCAUGGAUGGUUAGUGGACCCUCAGAUUGAUGACAUUGUAAAAGCUGUUGGUAACUGCAGCUACAACCAACUAGUGGAGAAGAUCAUCUCCUGUAAGCAGUCAGAUAAUAGUGAACUGGUUAGUGAAGGCUUUGUAGCUGAGCAGUUUCUAAAUAACACAGCCACUCAACUGACAUACCAUGGAUUAUGCGAACUAACGUCAACGGUUCAGGAAGGAGAACUUUGUGUGUUCUUUCGGAAUAAUCAUUUUAGCACCAUGACCAAAUACAAGGGCCUACUAUAUUUGCUGGUAACAGAUCAGGGGUUUCUUACUGAAGAAAAAGUUGUUUGGGAAAGUCUACACAAUGUUGAUGGUGAUGGAAACUUUUGCGACUCAGAAUUUCAUCUGCGGCCUCCUUCAGAUCCUCAAACUGUGUACAGAGGACAGCAAGAUCAGAUUGAUCAAGAUUAUCUCAUGGCAUUAUCGCUACAACAAGAGCAACAACAGAGUCAAGAAAUCAAUUGGGAGCAGGUUCCUGAAGGACUCAGUGACUUGGAACUAGCAAAGAAACUUCAAGAGGAGGAAGAUAGACUCGCAUCACAAUAUUAUCAGGAGCAGGAACAGGCCGCAGCUGCUGCUGCUUCUGCUGUUUCUGCUGCUGCUGCUACUACUUCUGCACAAGAGAGUCAGCCUGCACAUUCCUCUCCAUCCAGUGGGAGGCAGUCUGGGAGCAAUGAACGCAAACGAAAGGAGCCUCGAGAAAAAGACAAAGAAAAAGAAAAGGAAAAAAAUAGCUGUGUCAUUUUGUAGCAAGUAUGGAAUUCUGUUGGAAUCACUAUAUCUUGAGAAUCCAAACUGCAGGAGGAAAAGAAGAAAACCUGAUAAAUACCGUCUGUGCCUGAUUUCCCACUGGAUUUUGCGUGCUUUUUUUUUUUUUUUUUCAGGGGAAAGGUGGUUACUUUAUUACAAUCAGACUUUUCCAAAUCACACGUUCUUUCAUAGUUUAUGUUACAAGUUGGAAAUGCUGUGUAUUGGUUCUCAUUCAUGAAAAGGACUGCACUUGUAGCCAAAUAAGUAAAUCACAGCAGAUUUUGUGUCAUAGUGACAUUCAUCACUCAUAUCAGUUAGUAAGCUAUCAUUCUAACUUCUGUUCGUAAUAGUGAAUGGAGGUCAUUGCUUUUUGUAUAAUUCCUUCCUGGAAUCUAAAUAUUAGCACAAUAGUUUCUGAAAUUAAUUUUUACAUUAAAUUAUCUAAUCCAUGAGAAACCAGGGGUUUACAUAGGAAUUUAGGAAGAAAAAAAAUACAGAAAAAAAAAUAACAAGAAUAAGUAAUCCUUAAUUGUAUAUUGGACUAGUUCAGCCCUUGAACAGCUUUACCUUUUCAUUAGGAAUGUACAUUUUAGAUAUCAUCUUGAAAACUGAUCAUGGAAUUUGGGUGUAAUUUAGUUAGAAAAAAAAGUAAAGAUUUGUAUUUCUUUUCCAAUAGCAGAAAAAAAUUGCAUAACACUAAUACUCAUAUCCUAUCAUAAUCAGAUAUUAAUGACUUUGUAGUGUUGUGAGCUUUUGAGGAAUUUUGAAGUAUUUAAUAUAAAUAACCUGGACCACAGUUCCUAUUUAUUAACAAUUGAUCAGUGAAUAUAAUGAGGCACCCCAGUGGAUGCUAAGCCUUGUAUAUAUGGGUAGAUAGAUGAGCACAUGGGUCAGUGUCUACCUUUUUCUCAAUGAUCUUACACCUUAAAUUUUAAAUCAUGUUUUUUUGCUAGAAAAUUAAAU